CACGCGAGAGCGAGAUGCACCGUGCGAGCGUUCGUCGCGGGCAGUGUGUGCGUGAGAUGGCGAGGUCAAUGAACAUGGGUACGGGCCAGAUUGCACAAGGGCCGGUUCGGUCGGCCAUAUUGUGCAGGCGAGCCUUGACAGUCUUUUGCCGUUGGCGGUUGACUUUUCGUUCAUAAAAUAGCAUUUAUGGUUGUUUUUAUGUAGUUUACUGCCUUUUUAGCUGUAUGGCAAUUGUAUUAUUUAUUGAAAGUGUCUCAUUUCUAGCAAAAUUGAGCACUCAAUUAACCCGCUUCACUACGACUGGAUAUGUGUGCACAUAAAGGUUAAGGAAUGAUUGGCGUUCAAAACACCCUUUCUGAAUCCUCGAUAAUUCUCUCAUUUUUGGUCUUUUUUGAGGCUUAUUUUCCUAUUGGAAUUAUACGCAAUUUGAUUGUCAUUAUCGUACAAUAAUUUAAAGAUUAUCGUUCUGCUACAAACGAACCCCUUUGCCAUCUUCCAUCAUCCAAUUUGAAUCCCGAAUUGCCAUCGUCAUCUAAAUCCCUUUGCUGGCAACACUGUUUGACGGGUGUUUGUUGUUGUUUUCCUCAAAUUCUGAACACGAACACCAGAAGCUCUCCAGGGGGAACCAGAAACAUGCUAGAAAUUAAUGCAAAAUUGCUGCGAGAUCAAAGUGCAGUGUUUAUGUGCGGUGAGGUGGUGGAGUGUUUAAUUGAUUUCAUUCACCCAUCCCUACCGGAGCACAAAAUUUCACAGAGCAAUAGUGAUAUUUUGGAAAAUCUUGCAUGGGCGACGGUGCAGCUGCACUGCUACUGCAACGCGUCGUUUAACGAGAAAGCUCCGCAUGAUGCUGCCGCGAACAGAAACGUUGGCGGCAGCACGUCGCUAAACGCCAGCAACCAGCUCAAGGGAGAGGUGCUGCUCUCGACCGAACCGAAGAUACUGUUCUGCGAUCUGCGCCUGUCCCCGGGAGAAGCAAAACAAUUUUUGUAUCGUGAAACCGUGCCACUGAAUACGCCGCCCACGUACCGCGGAAUUCGCGUAAAGUAUUACUACAAAAUCACGGUUGCCACGCAACGGCUAGGUUCAACCGUGCAGGCGCUAAACAUUCCGAUCCGCGUGUUGCCGCUACCGCUGCCCCAGAGCGAUCUCGAUGAGGCGAUCACGCUGAACGAUGAGUCGAACGAAGAUCUGGCACCGAACAACCCGUUCCUGGAGAAGAAGCGGCCACCGUCGCGCAUCGAGUACGCGCUGCACUACUUGCGCGGCGUGACCGCACGCCGCCGGCCAAACUUCUUCAUGAUCAACAACAAAUGGGGCAAGGUGGGCCGGUUCUGUCUGUUCAAGUCGGCGUACAAGCUCGGCGAGGACAUAGUGGCCACGAUCGAUUUUAGCUGCGGUACGAUCAAGUGUGUGCAGCUUUCCGUCACGUUGCAGUGCGAAGAAACCGAGCUGUUACACGGUGCCGUCUCACCGCCGAGUGGUACGCCCAGUGCAAAGGAAGACUCGAAAGCGGCGGACAGUGCCGAUGUUGCCUCGAGCAGCGCCGAGGGUGCGAACGAGCCGGAACGACCGAAGAACAUUUCCCGCGUGACCAACUACAGCAAGCAUCACGAAGUGUGCCUGGGCAUGCUGCAGACGCAAGUGAUCCUGCCCAUCCCGCUGCACGUCACUCCCACAUUCCGGACGGAGCUGAUCGAGGUCAGCUGGCGGUUACACUUUCAGUUCGUGACCAGCACGAACGCGGAGCUGAGCAGCGAGAUGCUGCUCGAUCGUACCGCCGAAAGCGAGGAAGGGCUGGAGUGGGUCGCACCGACGGACAUUGCGAUCGAGACGAUGAUCUGGAGUCUUCCGAUUACGAUCUACCCGACGGCACCGCUGCAAAUACCGCAGCCCUGUGGGGAGUACAAGCUAAACAUUAAGUAACGCAGCUGCAGGACGUUCUGUGCCGGCUGCCGUGCAAUAAACCAAGUCCCUUUCUGUACGCUGGAA